GGCGGUGUGACGUCAAAGCGCGUGUCAUGGUGCAGUCUGAUUAUCUGUAGACGAAGGGUUUUUUUUGGUCUUGUAACUAAGGGGUGGACAGGCCGACAUUUCAGGAAAUAAGUAUCGUUGAGAGUAAAACAUAGUUACUUGGGUGUAAGACGAAUCUUGUGCUUCUAGAGAGGGAAGCUGGCAGCAGGACAUCAAAAGCAUAUGCAAAAAGUACUUCCUAGCAAGUUCUGAAUGAAGGAAACCUCACAGAAGCUGCAUUGUUCCAUACACAGCCAGUGAUGAAAGAAGAAGAAUAGCCCACCCCUAGAAAAAAGUGUGCCUAGGAAAUCUUUACCAGAAAGUGGAACUUCAUUCAAAUAAAGCACACUAGUCCGUAUUUUAGACUAUUGAUUGAUCCACUCAGCUGCACUGAUGUCUCAGAGCAAAGGCAACUUGCCUGAUGUGGACUUUGCAGGCCAGAAUCUUCCGUAUCCACCACAGCCCCCUCCAAGCUAUGACCAAUCCUCUUAUCAAGCAACAACAUAUGGACAACCACCAUAUCCACAAGAUGCCUUUGGCCAACUUCCUUUCCAGCCAACUGCAUUUCCACAACCACAGUAUCCACAGUUUCCUGUAGGACAGUUUCCAGCCGGACCAUUUCCUCCCACACAGUUUCCAGCCACGCAAUUUGGUGCUGUGCAGGUACCUCCAGGAGAAUUUCCACCUCCAGCUUUUUCUCAUGUUCCUUAUGCACAGCCAGGCUUUAUGCAACCUACACCACCAACUAUGGAAGACCCAAAUGGUUUUCCUUGUAUUGACUGCACAACUUCUGGUAACGUUUGGUUUUGUUGCAGUGUUUACUUUUGUUGAUGAGGCAAAAGGUUACGUGAGAAGAAAUGUCUGGACACUGUAUCUGUCUUAUGGAGUGUUUCUUGCAGCUCUAAUUGCUCUAGCCUGCUGUGGAGACUUGAGACGCAAACAUCCAUGGAAUCUCAUUGCACUGUCUGUUAUAACAUUGUGCAUGUCGUAUAUGGUAGGAAUGGUAGCCAGCUUCUAUGACACUGAAGCAGUUAUAAUGGCAGUUGGAAUCACAGCUAUCGUAUGCUUUUCUGUUGUUCUCUUUUCCAUGCAGACCAGGUUUGAUUUCACAUCUUGUUAUGGUGUGCUGAUGGUGUGUCUUCUCGUAUUUUUCUUAUUUGGAAUACUGGCUAUCUUUAUUCGCAACAACAUCCUGCAGAUUGUCUAUGCUGCCUUGGGAGCACUGCUGUUCACCUGCUUCUUGGCUGUCGAUACUCAGCUGAUUCUGGGAAAUAAAAAGCUUGCCCUGAGUCCUGAAGAAUACAUCUUUGCUGCUCUCAACCUUUACACAGAUAUAAUCAAUAUCUUUCUGUAUAUCUUGGCUAUCAUAGGCAGAACCAAAAACUGAAGAGCUUGGCCUGCAGACUCCCUCCUUAUAAACAUGGACAUGAGCAGGGAUUAAUACUCACCUUAAACUACAUCUGGAAACUUCUUCCAAUGUUAUGCCUCUCUCUGACUGUAAUGUUCAGACUGGGAGUGUGGGAUCACAUGUACAUUCAGUUAUACAGCUUGGCAUUUAACCACUAAAGGGUACCAUCAGAGGCAGCAUGAAAAUGCCCAGGAAGGGCACUCAUCAUUUCCUUGUUUAUAAGAUGUCUGUCUCUGAGUUUGUAUUGUAGACCCUUUUCUUCUGGCAUUUCACUGAAUGAUGAAAACUAUGGAAUCUAGAGGCUCUGUUUUUGACUUUGCUGUUGAUAUACCACUUUUUGAUUAGCUGUGGCAGGCAGUAUUCAUCUUCGUCUGUAAUGGAUUUGCAGAGCGAAUGGGGAGGGGGGGUUGCAUUAUUUGUAAUACUGGGCAGAAGCCCUCAUCAUCUGAAGAAGACAAUUCAUUUUUGUGUUUGUUUAACAAGCUUAUUGGACACACAAGUUAUUUAACUCUCCAUACUUUUUAGUUCAUUAAAAUGUAUAUUUUCUACACCCUCUCUUUUGCCUCCAGAUAAAAUGAGUAGUGAGUUAAAUAGUUUGAGAAAGUAUAUACAAUAUGGAUAGUAAUUCAGUUUUUGAAGAGUGCAGUGUAUUUUCAUUCCAACACUUGCAGAGUACUGUGGGUACUUUUCUCUCAGUAGUGUAUCCUUCCAUUCUGCUUCUCAGUUAUUUGUAUAAACUCCAUUGGUAAUGCUUGUGCUUGUCUUGUUUUGGAUAGUAGCAAGCACAAAGCUCUCUGAGUGUACUGCUUGCUGUGAUUGUAGUUAUACAGGGAUAUUAUUAGAAGUUCUAGAGACAUUGAAAUAUCUGGAGAUGUUUAAGGUAGCUGUACAGAUU